UCAAACACGACCACAUAACGUGUCGACGGUCAAAAUCAAACCUUUCAACGACGACCAUAAUGUCAGAUCCUUCCACCUUGAAUUCAGCCGCCUCUGACGUUGUUGGAGUUGAUCACAACUACUUGUUCAGCUGCAUAGACAGAGACAACGUUCAUGGAUUGAACCUGACCGUUCCAGAAGACGCCAAAGAACUCAUCAAACCAUGGGACCAAAGAGAACAAACCGACAAAUUUGCUGAUUCUGGUGUCGACGAUCAGAUCGUUAUACACGUCCCCUUCACGCAGAACGUUAGAAUUAAAUCGAUCUUGCUGAAAGUAGGCCGUGGGGAGUCUGCGCCACGGCAUCUUAGAGUGUACGCAAACCACCCCACGAUCGUAGAUUUUCAAGAUGCGGAGACGACGAAGCCGCAAAUAGACAUUACAUUGUUAGAGGAAAGCCAUGUCGUGGAGUACCCUGUACGCGUGGCUGCGUUUGCGAGUAUCAACUCGUUGUCGAUCUUCUUUAGCGAUUCGGUUGGGGCAGAGACCUCCCGUGUGUAUUUCAUCGGUUUCAAAGGCGACGUUAGAGAACUACGCAAGGAACGGGACACACACAUGGAUGUACCGGCCGCUAACGCUGCGUCCUCGACACUCUUUGAUAGGUUAGCGGAGAAGGCAGGGGGCCAGCAGACAACGGCACGAUAGGCUUUCGCAAGUAGAAGAAGACUGUCUAAAAGCAUACAGUUUUCCAUAUCGGCAUGGCAAUAGUAUCACUUGCUCGUGUAUUGUUAUGAUUCCUGUACAUUUGUAACCAGAAGAAACACCAGAACCCAAGGGGAUUUACAAUCGAAAACUCUACUUGUGAGUGCGCCA